AUGAAAUACAUUUUUGAUUAAAAAAGUGAUUAAAUAAGAUUAUAUGAAGAAAAUUUGAUUAUAUAUAAACUAAAAUAAAUACUGAAAAUUGUGGAACAAAUUAUGGCAACCUUUAACAAAAAGUUAUUGAUAAAGACAAGAAACAUGAAAAAAACCUCCUUAACUGAAUUCAUUGGUACUGGAAAGGAGUUGUUACUCUCUGAACUUCCAACAUAUAGAGACACACUUCGAUAUGCAGUUCUAUUAAGAGAACAGUGUGAUAAAAACUCCAGAACUUUUUUAAUAAAAGAUAUGGCAAAAAAGGUAGCAUGUUCUGUUAUUGUCCAAUGGCAAAAAGCAAACGCUAAUUUUAAAGCUCCUAUUAUUUAUUCUGAAAAGAAUAUCGUGUACAAAAUUAUAAAAGCUUGGAACAUUGCAUUUUUAAUAUCUGUGAACAAAGAAAAUAAAAAAAAUAAGAAAGAGUUUAUAUUAAAGCUCGAUAAGUUGUUUGAUAUUUCAAAUUGUAAGUGUCAAAUUUCUUAUUGUAAAGAAUUUGGAUGCAAAGUUGUUUGUAAACAACAAGCCCACAUUACAUGCAACUGCUCUAAGGAGUUUAAAAUUCCUAUUAUGGACAUUUUUUAUAUUAAAACUGAAAGAGAUAAAGUUGGUGCUAGAGGAUUGCUUCAAAUAUCUUCCAAAGAUUUGCCUGAACACAACAAACAAGUUAAAACAUUACAUAAUCAUUCUAUUAAAGAAGCUUUUAAGAGAAAAAGGGAAGAGAGCAUAACAACAAAUAAAAUUUUAAGCAAUGAUUUUUCAAUGACUGAAGAUGAACUCUCUUACGAAGUCUAAAUAUAAUACUAAAAGUAUUCGAAAUGUCGCAAUAAAUAGCCUUAGAUACGGAGUUUCUUCUAGAGCUGCUGCAGCUUUGACGACAGCUGCCUGGAUUGAUGCUGGAUUAAUUUCUGAGAAAGAUACACAGUUUAUUGUGGAUCAUCAAAAAAUUGUAAGAGCUCAAGCUAAAAUCAUGAUUGAAUUAAAAAAUGAAACUUUAAAAUCUAUAGACAAUGGGAAUAUCAAUUGUAUUUUGUUUGAUAGUAGAAAAGACGUUACAAAAGUAAAAUUAGAAGUAGAAGGAUCCAGUAACUUUUUUCCCGGAUCUAUUAAAGAAGAACAUUACACUACAUGCAUGGAACCAGGUGGCAAAUUUUUGUUUCAUUUUACACCAAAAAAAUCAACUGAAGAAGAAAAACAUGCCAAAAUAGUAGCCAACCAUUUAGUUGAAUGAAUGAUUCAACAUGGUGUUGCCAAAUCAAUACAAGCAUUGGGCGGUGAUUCAACAAAUGUGAAUACUGGAUGGGAAGGAGGUGUCAUACAGUUUGUAGAAUUAAAACUUAAUAAAAGGUUGAACUGGCUAAUAUGCGCUCUUCAUACUAAUGAACUACCACUCAGACAUCUAAUAGUUGAAUUAGACGGAAAAACACUUUCAAACAAUAAAUGGUCUGGUGAAUUAGGAAAACUGCUGAAUAUGGUAACAGAUCUGGAUGCAAACAAAAACUUUGAAAAAAUUACUUUAGGUGAACCACCUAUUGUUUUGCCAGGCAAAAUACUUAAGGACCUUUCGACUGAUCAGGCUUGCGGGUACAGAAUUGUAACAGCAAUAAGAUCUGGAGUGUUACCAGAAAAUUUAAUAAACCUUGAAAUAGGACCUGUUUCUCAUUCCAGAUGGCUCACUACAGCCAACCGUUUUUGUAGAUUGUGGGUUUCAAUUCAUUUUCUAACAGGAAAAAACUAUAGAAAUCUACGUUUUAUUAUUGAAUUUAUAGUUGGUGUGAAUUUUCCUUGCUGGUUUCAAAUAAAGGUAAAACAUUCCUGGUUAGAUAGACCUCGCCAUAUUUUAUUCCAAUUGAAACAAAUAAGAUAUCAAAAAAAAGAGGUUAUUGAAAUAGUAAUGAAGACUAUAAUGAGAUCUGCAUGGUUUGCAUUUAGUGAAUGCAUUAUUCAGACUCUUUUGUGUUCUAAAGAUGAAGAGGAACGAAAGUUCGGAGUGCAAAAGGUGCUUGAGAUUAGAGGUGUAGGAGAUGAUAACACCCAGUUUGGAGAUAAUUCAGUAAAAAUUCGCAAAACCCCAUGCAUAAAUACUGAUGCUGAUAAUUUGACCAAUCUAAUUGAGUGGAAAGAUUCAAUAUACGAACCACUACUUACCACAAGCCUCACAACCCAUGAAGUCAGAAAAUUUUUUCACAAGCCUAUGGUUGUUCCAGAAUGGCCAUGCCAUUCCCAAUCUGUUGAACGUUGUGUUAAACAGGUUUCUAUUUUAUACAAUUACGAGACUAUAAUAACUCAUUUAAAAUCUUUUAAUAACUAAACUAUUUAAAUGUUUAAUAUAGGUUACAGAGGCUUGUGCCAAAACAUAUUCCCACGAGAAGCGAGAAGAAUAUAUUUGAGCACAAGAAAUCAGUAGGGGUUUUAUGAGCAAAAACAAUGCUAAAUAUAACUUAGUUGGACUCACAAAUUUUAAAUAAAAUUUAUAAAUUAUUAAUUGUUAAUUAUAUUUAAAUUUUAAUAAAGCACA